GUGUGUGUGUGUGUGGAGACAGUCCCCACUCCUCUGGAUUCGGGGGGGGGGCGGUAUGUCCCGAGCUGGUCCAGUCUCACAAGCAUGAAGACAACACCAUGCAUACAUCGGAAAUUAAUAGUGUUUUUUUCUCUCUGUCGCAUUUACUCCGUCGAGCAACAAUACCAAAAGUAAGAUGAUACAGAUAUUAUAUUUGCAAAGAGAACUGCAGCGCAGUGGCGUGAGAAGAGGGACAGCACGAGACCUGCACUGCCCUGGGAACGUCGGUGGGCUCUUAUAAUCCGAGCUGGAGGAAAACGGGUCUCCGCAAGGUCCGUGAAACCAGGUCGCGGAACUGGGUCUUCGGAAGGUCCACGAACGAACGAAAGCAGCUCCACAGCACGUGCCGAGGACGACCGGCGGCUCGGUGGACCCGGAGGAGCGCGAGCGCGGUGCUCCGCCUCAGGCUGCAGAGACCGUGUGAUGCACUCUCUCUGAGUGUUUGAAGGCUACAGUGCAAAGAUAAGAAAUGGAGGAGACUGCAACGAGUGAAUCGACACCUGGGUCACCCCAUUAUUUUGGCCAGGUCCACAGUGCCACGCUGGAACCACAAACAGUUGCUCAGCAGGGCAUUUUGAUCCAGCUCACCGGCACCGAGGGUGAAUGGGACAGCCUAGAUGACAGCAAUCUCAUCUUUCCACUGGAGCGCGAUGAGGAGACCCUUUCGAGCGUCGCAUCCAACAGCAUGUCGCUGGUGGAUGAGUGGGGUCUCCACUCUCCUGCUUUCCACGUCCCCUUGUCGUCCUCAUCCCCCGGCUCCCUGGGGGACUUUGGCCUCUCUGCCCCCAGUUUCCUGUCCCCACACUCACCUCCUAGGCCCACCGCUCCCAUCUCCAAACCCUUUGUGAACCUUGUCAAGUCCCUCUCUACAGAGAUCGAGUCCAAAGAGGCCUCCCUCAAGCCCAAACCUCUCCUCAGCCUGGUCAAGUCCAUUUCCACAGAGAUUGCCCGCACUGAACCAGAGGUCUCCCAGUCACGGUCGGAUUCCAAGCUGAACCUGCACCUCUGGAGGCAGUUCACCCAGCCCAAGGGCCGCAGUGGGGACUCCAGGACAGCCCCACCCUCCCCCAGUAGCCUCUCCCCUUCUGAGCCUAAAGCUGGAUUCUUUAAAGUAGAGUUGGAGGACACCCGCCGCAAGUUCUCCGAAGCAGUCCAAGAGCAAUUUAGCAUGUUCAGCAAAAUCAUGGGAGAGGAAAGCUGUGGGAGCCCUAAGCAUCAGAGGGUGGGAGGCCCCACAGACUCUGCAGGCUCACGGGGAGCUGGUCCCGGUGGGAGCAGAUUGUCUAGCGACUCGGUGGCUGUAGAGACUCAUGGCAGAAACAUGAAGAGACUGGACUGUGACCCAGGUGGCACACCACCCAGAAGGCUUAGAAUGACCACAUCCAAGCUGUGCCUUUCUUCAGAGCAUUGUGGGAAGGUGUGUGGAAGAGAAAACAAAUUGGAAAUCUGUGCAUGUGGUGACGUAAUUCAGGUGCUUGGGAUCGGGGACCGGGAGGCCUCCCACAGGUUGUUGGGACGCUUAGUUCCUCUGCAGUCUGCUCCACCAGUGCCAGACAAGUGGCUGUUCUUCAUUGCCGUGGUGGCCUAUAGCUACUUUGUCCUGCCGCUGCCGCCUUACCUAUCAGGCCUGUCUCUUGGCUUGGCCUGUGGCUUCAUUCUGGGCCUCCUGCUUGUCCUCCUGUUGGCUCCUCAACAUUCAAAUCACCCACAGAGGAGCUUGGGGAUUCUGGACACAAGCAUGCAGCCUGAGAUGCUUUAUACAGGACGUGAAGAGCCAGUCAUUUUAAAGGGCUGGAUGAACGAGGUCCACUCCUAUGAUCCGGACACACACAACCCAUCGCUCAGCCACUCAGUGUAUGCCACCCUGGAGGGCUCCUGUCUGCACUUGGCUUAUCCACGUUCCAAUGUCCCCCGGAGGGCCACCUUCAACGAGCCACCGCACGAUGCUGUCUUCAUCAGCUCGCGCCACUACCAGCUGGCUAAUAGCAAGGUGUUUCUACUGCCUCCGCUCCUGGCCCACAAGAGGGUGUGGAACCAGAAAUAUCCCAUCUGUAUUGUGUUGGCUGAGGGGGAGGAAGGAGCAGAUGAGGAAGGCACAGACGAUGUCAUGGAAGGGGAGCCAAGAGCAGAGAGCCAGGCAGCGCAGCCUCAGCCGGGACACCCCACUACUCUUUUCCUCUUUGCCCGAACAGGAAGAGAGAAGGAGGAGUGGUUCCAGCACUUUCUGUGUGCUUCCAAGAUGAACAACAGAUGUGGUUCUAGGUCUGGACUGAGUCCAUCAUGUGGAUCAGGUGUGGCACAGUGCAGCGAGAAUUCCAGCAGGGGAAGCACCGAGGACAUCUCUCGGCUCCAGAUGAGAGACCUGGCAGUCGGCAUGAGAGAGAAAAUCCUUCUGGACUACAACAACUACAUGGCACGCUUUACCACAGCCUGCGACCCUGGAAGCCCUUUGGCUAGCCUGUGCCACAGUGCUGAAGGUAGUCCCGUUGACAAAACAAAGUUCUUCUGUGACCACACCACAGCUCACCCUGAAGCCCAGAUGGCCUGGAUCAAUGCCCUUAUUGGGAGAAUCUUCUGGGACUUCCUUUGUGAAAAGUACUGGGCAGACCAGGUGGCCCACAAGAUACAGAAAAAGCUGAGCAAGAUCAAGCUUCCUUACUUCAUGAAUGAGCUGACCCUGACAGAACUGGACAUGGGCACCUGUAUGCCUCAGGUGUUGAGCACAUCAAAACCCUCCAUGGACCGUAGAGGCUUGUGGUUGGAGCUGGAGCUGGUCUACACAGGCUCACUGCAGAUGACCCUGGAGACUAAGAUGAACCUGUGCAAGCUGGGCAAGGAGAGUGGACUGGAGACUGACAGUGCACCGGAGUCCAGCGGCAUGACUUCAAGGCACAGGCUCUGCGUUUUAGCCGACAGCGAUGAGGAGUCAUCCAGCGCCGGUUCCUCUGAUGAGGAGGAGCUACCAACCUCUGAGCCGCAGGGCCAUGGGGGUGGUCGCACUAGCAGGAAGAUUCUACGGAUCGUUGACAAAAUUGCAAAGUCCAAGUACUUCCAGAAGGCCACAGAGAACGAGUUCAUCAAAAAAAAGAUCGAGGAGGUGUCCAAUACACCACUGCUGUUGACUGUGGAGGUGCAGGAGCUGUCAGGGACCCUUGCGAUCAAUAUACCACCUCCUCCAACGGACAGAAUAUGGUACAGUUUCUGCAUGCCACCACGGUUAGAGCUGCGUGUGAGGCCGAAACUGGGAGAGAGGGAGGUCACGCUAACUCAUAUCACAGAGUGGAUUGAAAGGAAGCUUCAGGAUGAGUUCCAGAAAGUUUUUGUCAUGCCAAACAUGGAUGAUAUUUAUUUGCCACUGAUGAACUCUGGAUUGGACAAUCCUCCAGCAUCCCAGCAGCUUCCUGCUCAACCUUCAUGCCAGUCCUCUGUAGACUCACUGGAAAAGCCUGGUGAGGGUAAUGCUUCUGAGUCAGAAUAGUGCCUCCCCGUGGUGAUGAGCGUGAAAUAUAAGACAGGGUUCCAAGCAUUUGUGUUGUAGAAACACACCCUGUACUUGGACAGAGAAGCACCUGCCACUUUGGACCACCUGAGGAUUUAAAGCGUGCAGAGACAAAGCAGAUCUGGUUUGUAAAGUUAUAAAUGUUGAUCAGAAACAGGUUGUCUUUGAGAUGUUGCCAGGAAAUUGUUUUUUUUUUUUUUCUUUUUUACAGCAAUUGUUUGAAACUGGGUGGGUGAGUAAUUUUUAUGAGGCUGCUGUACUGCUGUAGCCUGUUUCUGCAGAUUCUCAACGCCAUUAGGCUGUGGCCAGUAUGUAACGCAUCUGUGCUCCUACAAGUUGUUGGAAUGAUGCUGUGCUCACACAAAUACAAUUCAUAUAAGUGUCUUUGUACUCUGCACAUCCAGCUGCUCAUAAUAUUAGUGAUCUUUACAGUGUAUGUACAUCAUUACAUAGUAUGCACCUGACCAUUUUUACACUAAAAUACCAUUUUUUGAAUUUUAAUUCAAAUUUUCUGUUGCAGAUCAAAUGAAAUGACAAAAAGUACCAGUAUUGAUUCCAAACCUUUACAAGUUGCAUUAUCCGUUAACAUUUCCACAGAACUAUUGCAUUAUUCAGGCAACAUGUCAGCUGCACUGUACAGGCUUCCCUUGCGUAGGCAGUAUAAUUCACCCUUUAAGAUCUGCUUGUAAAGUGAAAUCUGAAUUACUAUUCAUUUGAAUAGCAAAAAAAUGUUUCCCUUAUUUAUCUUGCCAUUAUUUUCUCUUAUUUUUGUUUCAUUUAUUUGUUUUUGGGUAGCAUAGCAGCACAGCAUUUUGCCCAGCUGCUCUGGUUUCCUCCAAGAGCCCAAAAACAUGCAUUUCAAGUAAAUUGGUGACUUUAAACUGCCCUCACUUAGUCUUUGCUUUACAGUUAUAGCCAAUAUCCAUUUUUGCUGUAAAGCACAUUUAAUUGCUUUUCAGUCUGUCCAUCCAUGCAUACAAUUUCAGUAAUCGCAUGUCCUGCACAGGGUUGCAGUGAGCUGGAGCCUAUACCUGGAUCCUUGGGUGCAAGGCUGAAGAGUGUACACCCCAGGACACAGGGUAGUCACACACCAACUACAGGCAACUUAGAAUGGCCAGUCCACCUUAACUACACGUCUCUGGCCUGUAGAAGCAAACUGGAUCCCCCCAGGGAAACAAUUGCAGAUAGGGGAGAACAUGCAGACUGAGCAGGGCUCGAACUUACGUUGUCACAUAGCACCCAAGUGCAGUAAGGUACCACCAUGCGAGAGUCCUGAGAGACAAGUAGACAUAUUGGUGUGCAACACCUGAGUUGCAUAAGAGCCAU